CCUUUCGUCCCUGCCCCAAACACUCGAAAAAACUCCGUCCAUCUCUCAGUAUGGAACAAGCGUAUAUCAGUGAAGGCACUUCGAUCGAUAAGGGCGAAAACGCUCGUCUGAGUUCCUUCGUCGGUGCCAUUGCGAUUGCCGAUCUCGUCAAGACGACGUUGGGACCCAAAGGAUUGGACAAGAUCCUCCAAAAGGUGGAUCCGCACGAUCAGAGUAUUUCCGUCACCAACGACGGUGCCACCAUUCUCCGCUCCGUACACGUGGACAACGCCGCCGCCAAGGUCCUCGUCGACAUUGCCCGGGUCCAAGACGACGAAGUCGGCGACGGGACGACUUCCGUCGCGGUGCUCUGCGGAGAACUCUUGCGGGAAGCUGAACAGCUUGUCACGCAGCGAAUCCACCCCCAGACGAUCUGUGCCGGAUGGCGUCUGGCCCGACAAGUGGCACGCCAAGCCCUCCUCGACGCCUCCCAACAAGCCACCGACGAGGACGUCUUCCGCGAACAACUCUUGCAAAUCGCCACCACUACUCUCAGUAGCAAAUUGCUCACGCACGAAAAGGCGUACUUUGCCAAUCUCGCCGUCGACGCCGUCCUCCGACUCAAGGGCAGUCGCAAUCUGGAACACAUUCAGGUUUUGAAAAAAGCCGGUGGCGUCCUCCGGGACAGCUAUCUCGAAGAAGGAUUCCUGCUCAACAAGACCGUCGGGACGGGACAACCCAAGCGCGUGGAACACGCCAAAAUUCUCGUCGCCAACACAUCCAUGGAUACGGAUAAAAUCAAAAUUUACGGAUCCCGGGUCAAAGUGGACAGCAUCGAUAAGAUUGCCUCCAUCGAACAAGCCGAAAAGGCCAAGAUGAAGGACAAGGUGGACCGUAUUCUGACACACAAUUGCAACGUCUUUAUUAAUCGACAAUUGAUCUACAACUAUCCCGAAUCUCUCUUUGCCGAACGCGGGGUCAUGGCGAUUGAACACGCCGAUUUUGAAGGCGUCGAACGAUUGGCCGCUGUUCUCGGCGGUGACGUGGUUAGCACGUUCGACAAUCCCGACAAGGUCACGUUAGGAGAGUGCGCGUUGAUUGAAGAAAUCUUUGUGGGUGAAGACAAGGUUUUGCGUUUCAGCGGUUGCAAAUCCGGUGAAGCCUGUUCUAUUGUCUUGCGCGGUGCGUCUACCCACGUCCUUGACGAAGCCGAACGUUCCUUACACGAUGCCUUGGCUAUCCUAACAUCCACCGUCAAGGAACCCCGAACGGUGUACGGUGGGGGGUGUACCGAAGUGGCCAUGGCUGCCGCAAUCGACAAGGCCGCGGAAGAAACGCCCGGCAAAAAAGCGCUCGCCAUGGCCGCCUUUGCCCGAGCCUUGCGUCAAUUGCCGGCCAUUGUCGCCGACAAUGGCGGCUACGAUUCGGCCGAACUCGUCACGCAGCUGCGGGCGGCCCACGCCGCCGGCAAGGCCUCCCACGGACUCGAUAUGUACCAAGGAACCAUUGGUGAUAUGGAAGCACUCGGUGUACGCGAAUCGUUCCAGUCGAAAUUGCAAGUCUUGCUGAGUGCGUCCGAAGCGGCCGAAAUGAUUCUCCGGGUCGACGAUAUCAUCAAGGCGGCCCCGCGGCGGAGAGACGAGUACGGGUAUUAG